AUGUCCGGUGGUGUUGGUCCAACUGGCUCUGACAUUAGCUUGCCAAGAGAAGAACAAAUUGACCAUAAAGAACAUCAAAACCAUUCACUCCACAAAACCAUCACCACGCCACGCAAAUCAGGUUUCCCAUCUUUCCGCCACCUCAAUUGCUUGGCUGUGGUCAUUGUCCUGUCUGCAAGUGGCAUGAUUGGCCCUGAAGACUUUGCUUUUGUGGCCUUCUCCAUAGUUUACAUGUUUUUCAUAUCAAAGGUGGCUUUCCCAUCUCUUCACUCUUCAGAACCCCCAGUUUUCAACCCACAAAACAAAAUGUUUGCCCUUUAUGUGUUUAUAGCGGCCAUUAUUGGACUUUUUGGCCCAAUUGCUUAUAUCUUAGAUGGAAUAUUUGAGGGUGAUAAGGAAGGGAUCAAGGCAGCUGCACCCCAUGUUUUCCUCUUGGCCAGCCAAGUUUUCAUGGAAGGGGUGGCAUUCUCUGGCAGGUUCUCAAUUCCAAUUAGAGCCUUUGUGCCUAUCUUUUACAAUUCAAGGAGGAUUUUCACCAUUGUGGAUUGGCUCAGGAGUGAGAUCAACAAGGUUAAUGAAGAGCACAGUGGGUCUGCAAGGAGGAUCUAUGUUGGGAGAGUGCUUGCUGUAGCUAAUAUGGCCUUCUGGUGUUUCAAUUUGUUUGGAUUUCUGUUGCCUGUUUAUCUUCCUAGAGUUUUCAAGUUGUAUUACUCUUCCCACAAAGAGAAGGAAUGA